AUUUUUAUUACCUUGACCUUGGUUUUUAACCAAUCAGGUCACGGAUAAAAUUAAGCCCACUCCGAUUACCGAAAUGGAUUUUACAAACAAAACAAAUCAAACCUGAGUGAAAAUUUACAUAUAAAGGAAUGGAGUCCAGCCAUCUGCCAGUCAGUCCAGACCUAGAUGAACCUCCACCAACAUGGACCAGUGGGGCGGCAUUUCAGAUCAAAACAGAGGAUGAGAAUGACAGUAUCAUCAUUGAUGAAGAUUCGAAGGGAGGUAACCCAAUUAUUACAGGAAACUUGGUGGAGGACAUAGUAACAGCACAGGUUGAGGCCAUAGCUGAACAAACUAUAGAUCUGGCAGAAGGAACUGGAGUUUGGACUGAAAACAAUGAGGUUUCCAUGGAAACUACUUCAACACCACACAGCACAGAGGAUGAAAUAAAUGUGGCCCCAGCAAUACCAGUAACAGAUAUACACAGUACAGAAAUGGUCACGACAGAGUUACCUCCCACUAAUAUGACAGAGAAUUUCAGAUCGUACAUGGGACAUUUAUCUGAUCUGAGACAUCAGGACGUUGUUGAAAUGUACUCAUCAGAAGACAGUGAUACAGGUGAAAGGUCAUGGAUAGGUCCUCGACCCUGUCGUCAUGGUAACCCUCGACAACCAGUAAUUAGAGAGAAUUGUAACAUUGCUCCUCCACGACCUUCAGAUGAUAAUCAGGAUAAUAGAUUGUAUGACUCACUCAAUCCUUAUUCUCUCUUUAAUCUUCCCACUCCUGCUUCAGUCCGUACUAAUCAGCAUUAUCACGUUCGUCCAGAAGAAAGAACAAGUGGAAACGACAGCCGUCAAUUCAAUAGACAUCGUAAUGUACCCUUCCACCAGAGGGAGCCUCCACACAAUGAUCUGUUCUCUGAUACUUCUGAUUCAUCAGUGAUUAAUCAUCUUUAUCGAGGUGACAGAUUGAGUGGUUUCCAAGGAGAAGUUCCUAGUAUUAAUAACAAUUCUGAUCAUUGUUCAGUUAUUCAUCCCUUUGGUGAACACAGUGGGCCCAUGUGUCGACCUUGUGCUAGAAAACCAUGGCAACCACGUGGGCCAAGUCAUCAGGUCUCUGGUUUAGAUCUCUCUAGUGAAUCUUCUCGUAGUCGUGCACUAAAUGUACAAACCACACCAUCUUCUAACACAGGUGCUAAUUCUGAACUUCUUAUGGACAUGGAUGAAGGUCAGGGUCAACCAAUGUCUAUGUAUGAAAUGUCAAGGUCAGCCUUUAGACGGUACCAACAAAAUAAAAACACAAGUGGGGAAGAUUCUGUAGGGACAGCUGGUGACAAUAACAUGAAUAAUGAACAGGGUCAAGAAUCCUUUGAGUUCAGAGGUCAAUCACCUGUUGUACCGGAGGUCAACUUAUCCUCAGGGUCAGAAGACAGUGACGUAGAAGUUCUACAUAUCGAAACAAACAGACCCAGGAGAAGACUAGAGUCUAACGGUCGUGCUACAGUUGUGGUAGAUCUAACAGAAUCAGAUGAUGCUGAUCCUGUUGAAACUCCAACCAUGGCAACACCAGUGGACGUUCCUCCUGUUGUUCAAUCAUCUGAAGUUGCUAAGGACACACCUACCUCUAGUAACCAUGACAACAACACAACUCAAGAACAGACAGCUCCAGGAAUGUUCAAUGGAAUACCAAGAAUGCCACGACAAGCUUGGAGACAACCACCCCCUGCUCAUGUACAUGUAGACCCCAGAGUAUCACAAGGAGGCUGUAGGUCACAUGACCAUGAUAGACAGUCAUGUGGGCAUAAUUGUCAACAGAGACAGAGACGUCAGGCCUUCAUGCAGCAUAUAAACAGACCUCCGUGUGGGUGUGCCAGGUGUUUACAUGAACCUGUCCACUCACACAUGCAUCUUCCACAUCAGCCAAACAGUGGGCGUGGUCACCACACCCAUCACGGACAUCUGCCUACCUCACAUGCACAUGGACAUUGCACUGGUUCUUGUGACCAUGGCAACCCAGGAAGUUUCCACCACCCCCACCACCACCAGACUCCCGUACAUCCCCACCCUCACCCCCAACCUCCACCUUUACCCCCACGAGCUCACAUACAUCAUCACCACUACCACCCAGGGGCAUUCCCCCUGCCACCAAUUCUCCCGUUUAUUGUGCACCAUCAGCCUAUGGAGUUACAAGCCAGGAACAUCGAAGGGCCACCAUUGUUCCAGCACCAACCAAUGCCACAACAGCCACAAGUCAGUGGUGACACAUGUCACAUACCAAACUCUCAGCCUUCACAGAUGGCCUGGUCCCCAUGGCAAGGACCAAUGGUGCCACCACCUAAUCAAGGGAAUUCAUGUGGCACAGACAAUAGACCCCAGCAGGGACCAGUGGACCUGGCAGGAAGAAUGUGUGGACAGAAUCAGAUGAAUCCACUUCCUCAACAUUUACAACAUCAACACCUACAUCAUCAUCUACACUACCAUCCUCCUCGACUUCAUCCGUUCUCUGUACCAGCAAUACUGCCAUCAACAGACCUCCCUCCCAUGUACAUUCCACCGCCAAUGAGUCCGAUGCUAAAUCUUCCACGUAAUAUGCAAAUGAGAUUGAGAGGAAUGAUGUUACAUCACAGACCGUCUUACGAGGAACUUUUACACCUGGAAGAAAGACUUGGUAAUGUGAACCGUGGUGCUAGUCAAGAUGUUAUUGAACAAAAUACACUUCCACACACAUAUAAAAAGGUUACAAAGAAAAUGGACUCUGAUGUAGAUGACAAUCUCCAGGAGAAAUGUACCAUCUGUUUGAGUGAGUUUGAAGAUGCAGAAGAUGUCAGGAGAUUACCAUGUAUGCAUUUAUUCCACAUAGAAUGUGUGGAUCAGUGGUUAGUCACCAACAAAAAAUGUCCAAUUUGUAGAGUCGACAUCGAAGCUGGGUCAAAAGGUCAACUAAGUCAGGAAUGACAUAUGGCCUUUAUACAGACUAAGUGUCAAGAUGAAUUUCUUAUUUGAUGAAGUCUGUACACAUUAUAAUGUAGUGGGAAUUUUAUAACAUAACACACUGCCUGUCUAUUAGGUCUAUGAAAAUUAUCUCAUUUAUCUAUAAUUUAACAUUAUUGAACUGACUUUGACCUUGAUCACAUUUGUGGGUAAUCAUAGUCUGUCAAACAGACCUAUGUUUGGUGUAAAGUAUUUGUCAAACAAACCUUUGUUUGGUGUAAAGUAUGCGUCAAACAGACCUAUGUUUGGUGUAAAGUACAUGUCA